UUCAAUUUUCAAGUUGAUCCAUCAACAAUCGUUUCUGUUUCUUACUGCAAUGGAUUAGAGCAAGUCUUUGAUUUUCCCAAAGAAAUUGAUCCUCAAAGAAUGGCAGCUGAAUGUGCUACCGGUGUUUUUACCAAUUGUGCGGGAAACCUUGCAGCAGAACAUGCAUCACCUUAUGUUAGUUACUUUUUCCGAUUUGGAAAAAUUGUUGAAGAAUUCAAGAAUCGGAGAAAAGAACUUGAAUUGAAAAAAGAUCGGGUAAAAAAUGAUGUUGAUGAGGCUGUAAGGCAAACUGAGGAAAUUGAGAAGGACGUCCAGAACUGGCUAAUUAGAGCAGAGAAAGAACUGGAAGAAACCCAGAGUUUGGAAGCUGAAAUAGAACGUAACAAGUGUUUCAACUGGUGUCCUAGUUGGGGUUGGCGAUGCUGCUUAAGUAGGAAAAUGGCAAAGAAGACGAUCUCUAUCAAUAAACUUCUUGAUAGUUCUAACUUUCCACGGAUGGGCUACCGUGCUCCUCUUCAAGGAAUAGAAUUCCUCCCCUCUAAAGAUUUCAUGCCUAAUGAGUCUUCAAAAUUUACUUUCAAUGAGAUCAUCAAGGUUCUAAAUACCGAUGGUGUGAACAUGAUUGGAUUGUAUGGAAUGCCAGGGGUGGGCAAAACAACUUUGGCAAAAGAAGUUGGGAAGCACGCUAAAGCACAAAAGCUCUUUGAUAAUGUUCUGAUGGUUACAAUGUCCCAAACUCCAAACAUCAGCAAUAUUCAAGAUAAAAUUGCUGCCUUACUGGGUUUAAAAUUUCAAACAAGUAUGGAAGAUUUAAGAGCAGAAGAGUUACACGGUAGAUUGAAAGCCGUGAAGAAGAUUCUCAUAAUUAUUGAUGAUGUUUGGAGGGAUUUUGAAUUGCAGGAUAUAGGUAUUCCAUUCGGUGUUGAACACAAGGGUUGCAAAAUUCUUCUGACUACACGUGGUGCAGAUGUCUGUGAUCGAAUGAAGUGUCGAGAGAAAUUUCAACUCCAAAUUUUAUCCGAAGAUGAAGCAUGGGAUUUAUUCAAAGAUAAUGCUGGUCUAAAAGAUGUUUCUUCGACAUUAAAUGAUGUAGCCAAGGAGGUUGCUCGUGAAUGUAAGGGUUUGCCUCUUGCAAUUGUAGUAAUCGCAAAAGCUCUAAACGGUGCAGAUCUAGAUGAGUGGAAAGCAGCAAAUCAGCGACUCAAGGACUCAAGACAUUUAGACAAUGAAGAUGUUUGUGAAGGUUUGUACAACCGCCUCAAGCUUAGUUAUGAUCAUUUGAAGGGAGACAACAUUCGAUUAUGUUUCUUGUUGUGUUCCCUUUUUCCAGAAGACUUUCAAAUUGGUCUUGGGUGGUUGAUUAUGUUUGGAAUUGGUUAUGGAUUAUUUUCUAAUGUUCGUCCAAUGCAGUACUUCCGAACGGAAAUUUGUGCCGCACUAAGAAAACUCCAAAAGUCUGGUUUGUUGUUGAAAGUUGAUGUUCGUGAAGGUGCUUAUGAUAAUGAUGUUCGUGAAGGUGCUUAUGAUAAUGAAAUCUAUGUAAGCAUGCAUGACGUGGUUCGUGACUUUGCUCAUUGGAUAACAUUGAGAGAGGAAAAUAUUUUCAUGGUAAAAGAGGGGUUAACGGAGUGGCCAAUAAGUCAAAGUUUUGGAUGCCAUACAGCAAUCUCCUUUUGGGACUGCAACAUAAAUAUUUUUCCUGAAAAAUUGGAAUUUCCAAAACUCAAAAUUUUGAUUUUUACAGGAUGGACUUUAGUGAAAGUUCCGGUUGCAUUUGUUAAAGGAAUGAAAGCCCUUCAAGUUUUACAUAUGAGAAAUGUCAUUUUCUCACUAGAAGUACUUAAAUUUAUAGCAAAUCUUCGGACUCUUUGCUUUGAAGAUUGUGAGCUCGAGAGCAUCUCAUCAUUGAGAAAUAUGGAAAAUCUUGAGAUUCUUGCAUUUUCUGAUACUAAUAUUUAUGAGCUACCUAAGGAAUUAGUAGCAUUGCAUGAACUAAAAUCGCUUCAUUUUUCUCACUCUGGAAGCAAACAGAUCAAUUUUCCCCCUAACUUGCUAUCAAGGUUGACAUCACUCCAAGAGCUACACGUGACAUGUGAAAACAAUGUUAACUUAUUGGAGCUGAAUUCAUUGUCUCGUUUAACUGCACUGUCACUGAGAGUUUCUACUGCUCAAUGUUUUCCAGAAAACUUUGUGUUCCCUAAACUACAAAGCUACAUUAUAGCUGCAAAUGAAAAUCUUCAAUUUAUGCAGGGGCUAAAAUUGAGAACCUUGAACAUCGGAAGUUUCUCAUAUUCAUUAAGUGCAUUCAAGGAAUUGUUUUGCAAUGUGGAAAAGUUGAAUCUGGAGAAUGUCAAGGGACACAAAAAUAUUGUCCCAAAUGUAGAUCCAAAGGGCCUAAAUGGAUUAACUUCUCUUCAUCUUGGAGAUUGGGAUGAUAUGGAAUGCUUGAUGGAUACAGCAGGAGAGAAAGGACCAACCACUGCAUUCUCUAAUUUGGAGAAAUUAAGAAUGAUGGCAAUGACUUGUUUGAAAGAGUUGUGCCAUGGUCCACCUCCGAUUAGCUUCUUACAAAAGUUAAACGAUGUAACCAUUUUUUAUUGUAAGCAGUUGAAAGUAGUAUUUGAAAUGGAUGGACUUCUUGAAAAGGGAGAAAUUAGUCAGACGCCGCUAUUUUCAAAUUUAACAAGUUUGAGUCUAGAUUCUUUACCAGAAUUGGAGAGUAUAUGGAAAUUACAAUCAGCCCAUCAAUAUCAUGCAAGCCUCCAAAGUCUAAAGGUUGUAAACAUUUGGAAGUGCGGUGAAUUGAAAUCCACCUUCCCUCCUUACCUUGCUCAAAGUUUGUUGCAUCUACAACAACUCGAAAUAUCUGAGUGCGAUAGAUUAGAGCAAGUCUUUGAUUUUUUCCAAGAAAUGAGUGAGUUUCAGGUACAGCCACUCUCCAAUUUAACUUCUUUGGAGCUAGUGUCAUUGCCAGAACUGAAGUGGAUAUGGAAAGGACCCACCCAUCUUGUUAAACUCCAAAGUCUUAAGACUAUGAGCAUACAGAAGUGUUUGAAGCUGGCAUAUCUCUUUCCAACUCCCCUUGCUCAUAGUUUGUUGCAUCUGCAACAACUCUCCGUACAAUUAUGUGAAGGAUUAGAGCAAAUCUUUAAUUUUUCUCAAGAAAUGGUUGAGCUUGAGGUACGCCCACUCUCUGAUUUAACUUAUUUGAAGCUAUACGCAUUACCAGAAUUGAAGUGGAUAUGGAAAGGGCCCACCCAUCUUGUUAAACUCCAAAGUCUGAAGACUAUGAGAAUAGAGAAGUGUUCGAAGCUGGUAUAUCUCUUUCCAACUCCCCUUGCUCAAAGUUUGGUGCAUUUGGAAGAACUCAAAAUAAGCCAUUGCGACUCAAUGGAACAUAUAAUCUUUGGAGAAGCAGAAAAUGAGGAUGAGAUAGUUUCAAACAAAGAUGGUUGUCCUCUCUGUUGGCCUAAGUUGAGAACUCUCAAGAUAAUUAAUUGCGAAAGAUUAAAAUAUGUGUUUCCAAUCACUUUGGCUCAAGGACUUCCAUAUUUGGAAUCUAUUCAGAUAACUGAUUGUUCUCAACUAGAGCAUGUCUUCGACGUGACAAAGGACAAGGAUGGACGUCCACCACAAGACAUUGUGCUACAGAGAUUACAAAUUUUAAGACUUAAAAAUUUAGAGAAGUUGAAUAGUUUUUGUUCAGAAAAUUCUGUCAUGUCGUUAUCUUUAAAGGAGAUCGAAGUUAGCAAUUGUCUUCAAUUGACUGACCGAGGAAUUAAGACGUUGCAGGCUUAUUUAAAGGAUGUUUCAUUAUAUGGUUUCAAGGAAUUGUUAUGCAAUGCCAAAAAUCUUACAGCGGAUGAAAUCAUAUAUCCCAAAAAUCUCAUUCCAAACGUAGAUCCAGAGGGACUAAAUGAAUUAACUUUUCUUGCACUUAAUCAUGGCGAGGAGUUGGAAUGCUUGAUUGAUACAACAGAUCAAGGCCAUGUCUCAACUGUUCCACUGCUGUCAAAUUUAACAAGUUUGGAGCUGGAAUCAUUACCAGAAUUGAAGUGGAUAUGGAAAGGGCCGAGCCAUUAUGUUUGCCUUCAAAGCCUCAAGGUUGCAGAAAUUAGUCGCUGCAAUAGAUUGAAAUAUCUCUUCUCACCAUCUCUUGCACAAAGCUUGGUGAUGCUAGAACAACUCGAGAUAGAAUGCUGCGAUGAACUGGAACACGUUGCCACUGAGUUGGAAAGUGAUGAUAAUAUAGAAUCACAUGGUGGGCUUGUCCAUCCUCCGCUCUUGCCCAAAUUGACUUCUCUUGGAAUAAGUUACUGUCCAAGACUAGAAUAUGUUUUUCAUAUUCCAUUGGCUCAAGUUGUUCCACAGUUGACGUUAGUUUCAAUAACUAAUUGUCCUCAGUUAAAACAUGUCUUCAAUGUGGCAAAAGAAAAGAAUGGAGUUGAUCAUGCCAUUGCGCUCCCUCACCUCCAACAUCUAGAACUUGAAAACUUGAUAAAUUUGAGUAGCUUCUGCUCAGCAAACUAUCCCAUCGUUUCACCAUUCUUGGAAGAGUUAAUCCUUGUGGUCUGUCCUCAAUUGGAAAAUUUCAUUAUUCAACAAGCAAUCCACAAACAGCUUCAACCAAAGGAAUUACGAUUCUCUGAGUUGAGACAAGAUAGCGUGUGUGAUACUAUUAAUUGGGAGAAAAUAUUUCAAAUUCAGAGUGGAUAUUUGUUCUCAAGAAUAGAGAUUUUAAAUCUAGAAGGUAUACAUCAAUUGCAGGGUCCCAUCCAAGUUGCAAGCCUUUGUCAUCUUAAAGACUUAAUGGUGUCAAAUUGUAAUAGGCUGAAAUCUCUCUUCUCUUCUAUGCUUGCUCGAAAUUUGCUGCAAUUGCAAUUUUUGCAUAUAAAGUGCUGUGGGGAGUUGGAAGAAAUCAUUGAAACGGACCAAACUUCAAUUGCAUCAUCAUCACAUAGUCAUCUCCAACCUCCAUCCUUCCCUAGUCUUCAAAGCAUAUCGAUUUUUGGGUGCAGCAAUUUGAAAAGCUUGUUUCCUAUCAGUGUCACUCGUUCGCUUUCAAACCUCCAGCAUAUGGACAUUGAAAGGGCUUCUAAACUAGAGCAAGUCUUUGGGUAUCAAGGUGAACUAAACAUUGAAGAUGAUCAAAAGGGAAUAGUGCUGCCUAAAUUACAAGAAUUGAAUCUUUCUGAGCUAUCAGGCCUAAAGAGUUUUUCUCCAAUGGGUUAUCAUUUCCGAUUCCCUAUUUUGUAUAGUUUUCACUUAACCAAAUCUCCCCAGUUGACCACAGGUGUCAGCAUGGAUUCAAAACAUCCUGUGCCUGCCAUAACAGAGGAACCCCAACAAGUUCAGAAUAAUACAACAGAAGGUUUCACUACAAUAGAAGAAAUAGUUGAUAAUCAAUCCACCUGCAAUGAUAUAUCAUGGGUUGGCCUGCCAGAUGGAAUGCCUCUAUAUAUGACUGUGGGAAAAACAAGGAUAACGGUACAAGAGGAAGUGAAAAAUUCAGGAGAAACUUGUUAGCUAAGCAGGUAAAUAUUGCUUUUUUCCAUGUACAGUGGCGGAUUUACAUGGUAUUGUGGGGUGUCCAUUGAAAAACAAAAAAAAUAAUAAUAAUAAAGGAAAAUUUUGUGUUGAUACCCUUAAAAUUUUUUCCAAACAUCUAAAAAUUAGAAAAUAAAAAAAAAUCUAAAGGAAAAUUUUUCAUGAACAUCCAAAUUCUUCUGAACACCAUUUUGAUAGAUAAAAUUAAUAAAUCUGUUGAUGGUGUUUUAUAUAUUAUAAGCAAACACACACCCUGACAAAAAUCUUGAAUUCACCUUUGUCUAUGUAUUUAUGAUUUCUUAAUCAAGUUUCUUGUUUAAAUUCUUAUUGAUUCUUUACUUCAAUGAUAGGUGGUUAAUACUUGAUUGUGCUUAUCAUCCAUUGAGCUUCAUGUUUUAUGGCGCCAUUAACUGCUUGGAUCUCUGCUUUUUCAGUUUUACUUGGCAGUGAAUAAUUAAUUUACUCUACGUUGCAUUGCAUUUGCUUGCUUGUUUGAUAUUGUAAAAUAAAGCCAUGUUUAGCCAUUCAUUUAAGACAAAUUUCAUGCAUUUUUUUUUAUAUAUUAGGACUUGAACUCAAGCUUGCAUGUCUGACAAAUCCUCUCUUCUUAUAUCUUGGCCAAGAGAUUGUUGGCAAAAUUCAUGUAUUGUUUAAGAAAUAUGGUUUUUUGUGUUCAAUUUGGUUUGCUGGUUCUUUAUUAGUUCCUUGUAGCAGAUUGUAUGGAUGAGUAGUACAUAGUUAUUUCUACAAGCAUGUCAUGAUGGUUUUCCAUGCUUGUUUUAUUAUGGUGAUUUAAUAAUUAAUUCAAUGAUAUGUUAUUUAUACGCAAUGUUAUAUGAACUCGUGUGAUAGGACAUUGAAAGUGAAUAAAUUUUGUUUUUACAAUUUUUAUAGUAAUUUUGAAAAUUAAAGUAUCCUAUACAUA